GCCCCUCCGCGAAGCGGAGCCGUACAGGCCCCGCCCCCGCCCUGCGCCGGCGCCGCGCGUCGCGGGGAGGUGACGUCGGCAGGUGCGCGGCCGGCGGAGGGGCCGCGAUGCACCGGCGGGGCGUGGGCGCGGGCGCCGUCGCCAAGAAAAAGCUGGCGGAGGCAAAGUACAAGGAGCGAGGGACGGUCCUGGCCGAAGACCAGUUGGCCCAGAUGUCUAAGCAGCUGGACAUGUUUAAAACCAACUUGGAGGAGUUUGCCAGCAAACACAAGCAAGAGAUUCGUAAAAGCCCAGAGUUCCGGGUCCAGUUCCAGGAUAUGUGUGCAACAAUUGGAGUGGAUCCUCUGGCAUCCGGUAAAGGAUUCUGGUCAGAAAUGCUGGGAGUUGGAGACUUUUACUAUGAAUUGGGUGUGCAGAUUAUUGAAGUUUGCCUGGCUCUGAAACACAGGAAUGGAGGUCUGAUAACACUAGAAGAACUUCAUCAACAAGUGCUGAAGGGAAGAGGGAAGUUUGCUCAGGAAGUAAGCCAGGAUGAUCUCCUUCGUGCAAUCAAGAAACUGAAGGUCUUGGGAAAUGGCUUUGGGAUUAUCCCUGUUGGUGGAACAUAUCUGGUCCAGUCUGUACCAGCUGAACUGAACAUGGAUCACACAGUCGUCUUGCAGCUGGCAGAGAAAAAGGGCUAUGUAACAGUCAAUGAGAUCAGGUCCAGUCUUAAAUGGGAGAUGGAACGUGCAAAGCAAAUACUGGAACACUUGCUGAAGGAAGGAAUGGCCUGGCUGGAUACGCAGGCAGCAGGAGAACCUCAGUACUGGCUGCCUGCUCUCUUUACAGAGCUGUACUCUCAGGAGAUCACUCCAGAGGAAGCUAAGGAGGCAAUACCUUGACUAAGUGUUCCAUGCGUGUAUAUAAUUCUUCUUGUGAGGUUACUUGCAUAUCACCUAAAACACAGGUACAAUGGAUUUGAAAUAAAUUUUUUUUAAAAAUGUC